AGCGAUUUAAGACAUGGCCGAUUUAAGGUUCCAUUUUCACUUGUGGGUUUUCUUUGCAAGUCUUCUCUUUCAAAAUACCAGCAAAAGUCAUGUAUGGUCUGCAGAGAAUCAUGCUCCCUUAUUCAUAUUUGGAGACUCUCUAUUUGAUGCUGGAAAUAAUAAUAACAAUCCUGAAAGUCCAGCUUGCUACUGGCCCUACGGGGAAACAUUCUUCAAGCAUCCUACUGGAAGAGCUUCUGACGGUCGAGUAAUUCCAGAUUUUAUCGCUGAAUAUGCAAAGUUGCCAUUCAUUGCACCAUAUAUUCAGAUCACAGAUCAUCAAUUGAGAUAUGGAGUGAACUUUGCAUCAGGAGGAGCCGGUGUUCUGGAUACUUUUCAAGAAUUUACAUCAGACCUUAAAACACAGCUUAUUAAUUUCAAGUACGUGAAGAAACGACUAAGGAACAAACUCGGUGAAUCAGAGACCAACGCCUUGUUGUCCAAAGCCAUUUACUUAUUUAGCAUUGGAAACAACGACUAUAUGGGAGCUUUCAACACGAAUUCCAGUAUAUUUCAGCACUAUUCCAGAGAAGAGUACGUAGGGAUGGUUAUCGGCAGCCUGACGACUGUGCUAGAAGAAAUAUAUAAGAAUGGAGGAAGAAAAUUUGGGUUUGUAAGCUUGGGGCGUUUGGGUUGUCUACCGCCCAUGAGAGCAAAAACUUCAUCAGGUGGCUGCUUGGAACAAGUUAAUGUUCUGGUGAAACUGCACAAUAAGGCAUUUUCAAAUGUGCUUAUGAAGCUAGAGAAACAGCUGCAAGGAUUUAAAUAUUCAAAUUUUGAUUUCUACAAGUCAUUAAGUGAAAGAAUUAAGCACCCUUCACGAUAUGGUUUCAAGGAAGCGAAAUCAGCAUGUUGCGGAACAGGGCCAUACAGAGGAAUCACAAGCUGUGGGGGUAUAGGAAAGAUCAAAGAGUUUGAAUUGUGCGAUGAUACGAGUGAAUAUCUGUUCUUUGAUAGUCAUCCAACGGAGAAGGCCGAUCACCAAUUUGCGAAGCUCAUGUGGAGUGGAAGUAUUAAUGUGACAAGGCCUUACAAUCUUAAACAACUAUUUCAACUCUAGGCCAAGUAUAAAUAAUCCUCCAUGCUAAGCGUUUUCAUAAGUAGUUUAUAAUAAAAGAGAGGAAGAACAUGGAAAGGAAAAAUAGGUGUAAUUGUUCAAAUCCUCAAUCUCAAUAUCUAAUUGGUAUUACAAUGUGAAA